AUGCCUAUUGAAACAGAUUUGAAAAGUGCUUAUUCGCUUCUAUACGAUGCCAAAAAACCCGAGGAAGCGCUAGAACUAUAUGAAGCUAUUCUAAGCCAAUCACCGGAUAAUUUUACAGCUCACAUUUACAAGGCCGCGUGUUUGGAGAAACUGUACUACGGUUUCAGAAGCUGGCACAAUGAUGUAACUUUACAAAAUGCUUUGGAGCUUCUGGAGAAAGCCAUGGACAUCGCGAAAAGAAGGGGAGACCGAUCGAAACUGGCCCUUGCCAAUUUCAGGCUUUUUGUUCAUCACUACAACCGUAGACAAUACCCGUUGGCAAAAGGUUUCUUCGACAAGGCUCAAGAGUUGGGCUACCUGGAUGACACUUUGGUAAUUUGGGAGGCGAAUUUGAAGUCAAAGCUCCAAAAAUGGGAACGCAAGCAUGGCCUUUUGAAAAAAGAAGAGCCAUCGAAACACGAGGUAGCACCCUCUACGGAGCCUGCGGAGCCCAAGAGCUCUAAAGAUACUGUCAUAGAGACUUCUCUAACAACAACAGAUCACGAGUUGCCACUUCAAGCGACUAAACCUUCUUUCAAAACUGACUGGUACCAAUCAGCCAUGUCAUUGACCAUUUCUCUGUUCAUAACUUCGCUCCCAAAGGACAAAAACUCGGUCGCUGCUCAGAUAUCCUCUGAUCUUCGAAGCCUAGAGGUAACAUACCCAAUACCAGCGACUGGGUCCGAGUUUCAAUACUCCACAAAACUAUCUCAUGAAGUCGAUCCCAAUCAAAUAAGUGUGAGCGUGCUCACCAAAAAGAUCGAAAUCACACUCACAAAGAAACAGAAAAUUCAGUGGAAACGCUUGGAUGAUCCAGCUGAGAGCUCAAGGUCUUCGACACCUUCACAAGCUCCCUCUGCUGCCGAAGGUAAUGUGCACACGUAUCCGACAUCGUCCCGAAAAACAAUCGACUGGUCCAAAAUUGAUGUCGAUGAGGACGAGAAGAACCAGUCGGCUGACGCUUUUUUCCAACAGCUGUACUCUAGGGCAGAUCCUGAUACUCAAAGAGCGAUGAUGAAGUCGAUGAUUGAGAGCAAUGGUACAGCGCUUAACACAAAUUGGGAGGAAGUAGCCAAGAAAACAGUUGAAACGGUUCCACCUAAAGGUGCUGAGGUAAAACAAUGGUAA